AUGCUCGAACAAAAAGAGAAAGAGAAAGUAAUUGAGUUAGCCUGCGUGGACGAGGUCGAACAUGAAAAACUAGACGAAGUAGUAGCAUCUAUUGCCCAAAAGCUUGACCUCAAUACCGAGGACAUUGAGCAGGUCCGGAGAGUGGGUGCCCCAAAGAAGAAGGUAGACGCAGAACACGGCGAUAAGCAGGCGCGAGCGCGGCCGAUCGUUGUUACCAUGCGCACUAAGGCAGCCCGGGACCAAUGGAUAAACAAGCGCAAGACUCGUCUCACUAAGGGCGAAGUGAAGGGACGUAGCACCGCUACGGCCUUGACCCAGUUCUCUAAUUAUGUUAACAAGAGCCUUGGCGGCGGACAACAGGUAAUUGCUUUAUUUAUUGAUUACAAAAAAGCAUUCGACACGCUGGACCACGAGCAGCUAUUGCAGGCAAUGGAUGAAUGUGGCAUCAGAGGACCCACGAAUCAAUGGUUCCGCGAAUACCUAAACAAUAGGACCCUGCGCACUGCCAUCAAUGGUGAGUCGGGAUCCGACGCGCACGUCACUCUCGGUGUGCCGACCGGCUCGGUGUAUGGGCCGGUUGGGUACAUCAUGCAUGUGAACAGCGUGUCGAAUGUAGUCCAAAACUGCACAGUCUACAUGUAUGCGGAUGAUAUGUGCCUGUUGUUCGCUGGCAAGGACGUACGGACAUGGUGA